CAAAGGGACGUGAGGCGUGAGCAUGUCGAAAUCAGAAGUCAUAGCGGCCCAUAUGCUAUGCCACCUUCAGAUGCCAUACGGCAGCGGGUUGAGUAUCCUUGACUUGCGUGAAUCCAAAUGACCCAAUACCAUUAGAAAGGGAUAACGUAACACUUGGGCGUGGAGGGGGAGGACGAAGCCGAGAUGGUGAAGGGUGAGGAGGAAGUCCUGAGUUUCCUCCACCCAGUACAGUAUAUAAGGCGCGAGAUGGGUCGGUUUAACCAUCACUUCUACCGUUCACCUCUCACAACAAUCAACAGCUUCUCAGCAAAACUUCUCGCAAUGGCUAAGGUCAUCAUGUACUCGGCAACUGUAAUGCUGGUGGCUGCAAUGGCAGGUUUGGCAUCCUCAGAAUCCUCUAUCGCUGAGCCUUCUUACGGACCACCUCGCCCCCUACCCCCCUCCCCCUCCCCCAUAUGGACACCCAACCUACAAACCGAAGGGCAUUCCAUACUCAUUCUCCUAUGCUAUCAAAGACGACUACGUCGGCGCUGACUACGGCCAGGCCGAGAAGUCCAAUGGAGAACUCGUCCAAGGAACUUACUACGUGGCUUUACCUGACGGCCGUCUUCAAACUGUGAAAUACCAAGCCGACCAUGUCGUGGGCUACGUUGCCGACGUCGAAUACGAGGGCGAUGCCAAACACCCACCCCCCUACGCCCCAAGCGUCGUCUAAGGCCACCCCCAAUAUCACGCCCCCGCCCCCUCCCCUACUCAACAACAGAAGCCCCUACCGAAGCCCAGCCACCGUUUACCCUGCAGAAGCCGAAGCCUAACUUGAAAGAACCCCGAUCUUUGGACUGUAACUGCUGCUCAUCCUAGUCACUGUUUUUAUAUCUUUUAAUUGUUAACGAAGCGUUAUAUGGUCAGGUUACUCAAGUUUAAAUGUUAUUUUGUAAUGUUUCUUUGAAAUAAAGUUUUAUGUGCAAUGACA